UCGGAAUAUAUUAAGCCAUGGUAUCCCAUGGCGCAUGUACAAACAAUAAAGCAAAGCCGACUUAGAUAGAUAUGAUCUAACGUGACGACCAGGGUAUUUGAACUUUUAUUAUUUUGAAUCUUUCAGUAACUAGUUCCGAACGUAUCCAUAAUAGUAGCACAGUUGAAUAAUAUGAUCGUUUUAAAUUUGUUUAGGCGAAAAAAUCGUUGAUCGAUUGUGUUCAUGUUACCGCGUGAACAAAACAAUCCCAAAAGUAACAAUACUUAGGCCAACUGGUCUCAUCUUUAUUGUUGCUAAGCAGCAAAGUGCGGUAGUCUGGUUUUAGUCAUCUCGGAAUAAUGUUCGCAAAAAAAUUGAUAAGGUUUCUGCAGAGAAACCCUCGACAACGUCGAUUCUAUUCAAUAAAGAGUUUUGGGGAGAUACCCACGCCUAGAGGACUGCCACUGGUGGGUACUACAUUUUCGCUCAUAGCUACAGGGGGACCUAAAAAACUUCAUAAGUAUAUGGAUAGGAGACAUAAGGAAUUAGGACCGAUCUUCAAAGACAAUGUAGGACCGAUUACAGCUGUGUUUUUAUCAGAUCCUGAUGCGAUGAGAGAAGUCUUCGCAAAAGAAGGUAAAUAUCCGCUCCAUCUUAAACCAGAUGCGUGGCUUUUGUACAAUGAAAAAUACGACUACUCUAGAGGAUUAUUCUUCAUGGACGGGGAAGAAUGGCUUCAUUUUCGGAGAACAAUGAACAAAUUGCUCCUUAGAGGCAACCUAACUUGGAUAGAAGACUCCUGCAAUGUUGCUGCAGAUUUGCUGGUCCAGCGAAUAUCUGAACACCAAAAUCAAGAAUUCCCAAAUUUAGAGCAGCAAUUGUAUAAAUGGUCAUUAGAUAUAAUAGUAUCAGUCUUGGUUGGUGCAGAUAAAUACACAGAAUGUAACAGAAAAGUAGAGUUCUAUGUAAAGCAAUUAGCUUCUGUUUUACAUAAAAUAUUUGAUGAUACCUGUAAAUUACAACUCUUGCCAGCACCUUUAGCCAUGAAGUAUAAUUUACGUAGAUGGCAAAAUUUUGAAAAUUCUGUAAGAACAUCUUUAAAGUUAGCCAAAGAUUUGCUUAAUUUAAUUUCGGCCGUUACUAAUAAUGAAGAUGGUCUAUUAAAUAAAAUGUUGCAAGAAAAAGUAGAAACUAAGGACAUUGAUAGAAUAAUCAUAGAUUUAAUAUUAAGUGCUGGUGAUACUACUGCAUACACGAUGUCAUGGUUAUUGUUUCUUCUCUCAAAACAUCAAAAUGUUCAAAAAGAAUUACGAGAUCAAGUUAGAUCUGACCCUAAGUCUUCUUAUUUGAGGAAUGUUAUUAGAGAAACUUUAAGGUUAUACCCAGUAGCGCCAUUUUUAAAUAGAAUACUUCCUGAGACAACAACCAUAAGCGGGUAUGAAGUUCCUAAGAAUACUCUUAUGGUUAUGUCGAUUCAUACAAGUGGGCGGGAUUCUAAGUAUUUUAAAAACCCAGAGCUCUUCCUUCCUGAACGGUGGAGCAGAGAUAAAGGAAGUGAUUUAUCUCUACAACAAGCUAGUUUACCAUUCGGUAUUGGAUCUAGAUCUUGCAUAGGCAGGAAAAUCGCAGAAACUCAGUUACAAAUGACUAUUUCUAAAAUAGUUCAAGAGUUUGAAUUUAUAAUUAUUAACGAAUCAGAAAUUGAGGACAUUUUGAAAAUGGUGACAAUUCCAUCCAAACCGCUAAGACUUAUUUUUAAUAAAAUAGAUUAGUUUGAAUGAUCGUAUUUAUUUUUAAACAUUUGUAUAACCUUUUAAUAAAACACGUGUUAAAUAAA